AUGUUAGGGCUUGUUUUUUCCCUGCACCCACAAAUCCCUUCAUUUUCAAGAACCACUCUUCUCCAUCCCCAACCCACUCUCCCUCCUGCUUCUUUCCCUCUCAAAAUCUCCAAGAAAACCCAUCCAAGACUCGUUUUUGCACAAACCAACAACAAUAACGACCCAAUUCAAGAACCCAAAGAACCAGAACAAGAAAAGAAAAAUGGGUCUUCCAAUAACAGUGGCGGUGGUUAUGAUUUGAAGCAAGAUCAGCCACCUCCCUUAUUCGAUAUCAAGUGGGGUGAUUUGUUACUGAACCCAGAUCCCGAUAACAUCUUGGCCGUUGGAUUAACUGGUUUGUUGUCCUGGGCUAGUGUUCAAGUUCUUUGGCAGCUUUUCGUUAUCGCUUUGGCUAUUCUUGUUGCUGCUGUUAAGUACUCUUUCAUUGCUGCUCUCCUUAUUUUCAUCCUCAUUACUCUUCUUUGA